AUGGAUGGAGAGAUGCCAUGUUAAUAUGACGGUAAAAACAAAACUUGUUCAGUUGAUAUAACAGAAUAAAUUACCUGCAAAGGCUUUAAUUUAUAGGCUUGUCGAUUUUACACACCAAAUCUGCUUUGUGAAUUUGAUUAAAAUGAAAAAAAAUGUCAAAGCUCAUUUGGAUAUUCAAAAUGCACAGAUUAUGUAAAUAAAUAGAAAUGUUUAGCCAUUAUAACAAAUGGACAAUUUUGUGAAUUUGAUGAUAAUAAAGGUUGCAAUAGUAUUACUAAUCUUGAUUUAAUCAAAAAAUGCGAUCCAUCUCGUUAAACUAAUCCUAUUACUUGUUCUUAAAGCACUGAUAUACCUUGCUUUUACAAUAAAGCCAGCUAAACCUGCAUAGAAUAUAGCCCUUAUAAAUAUAUAGACAAUCUAGAUAAUAUAAUUAAUAAUAGUAAUGAUAGAUCUUAUUUAAACUAUGUGAUAUCAAAUAUCUAUUCUUUGAAUGAAAAAGCUUGUGAACUUUUUAAUUUUAUAUUAUUUAAAUAAGACUCUGGAAAACUUUCCAAAAGGAUAGUGAAGCUUUAAUGGUUCAAAGGCGCAUGUGUUGAAAUAAAAGAAAUUCAAUAGAUUAAUAGGUUGAGUUGUGACAAUACUUUAAACCUAUACGGAUGUGUUCUUAUUAAAACAAAAUUUUAAUAUUGCCACUUUAAAGAUAACAAAUGUGAAGGAGUUGAUUAUAGGACUUAUUCAAAUCAAAAAUGCACUAGUAUAUAAUUAAUAAACAAUGGUGCAUUCUGUGCCUAAACAACGGAUGUUAAAUGUUAAUAUGAUUCUUAAUCGUUCAGUUGCAUAGAAGUUCCAGAAAACGCUACUAUUGAAUGUGAUGAUAAUGAUCCUAACUAAAAAGGCUAUAAUCAAAAGGCUUGUGAAUCUAAUCCUAAUUGCAUUUUCAAGGAAUCAUGUUUUAAGAAAACAGAAAUAAGUCAAAACCGAUAUUGUUACGAUGCAAUUGAUCUAAAAGAUUGUCUUAAUGUGAAAUUAGAAGGGUGCAAGAUAAAUAAUGGUAAAUGUGUUAGAAUCACGAAUCAAGAUUAUAAAGAAAUAAAAUGCGAUUAAGCUCAAAAUCAAAUAGGUUGUACAAAUAUUUAAACAGUUGGGUAAAAUUGUUAAUAUUUGGAGAAUAAAUGUAUCGAAUAAAAGUUAAUACAAAUGAGAACCAAAAAAUGUAAAGAGAUUAAUAAUGUCAAUAAUUUGGAAUUUUGUCAGUAACCAAAAGAUACGGAAUGUGCAUAUGAUUUUUAAGAUUAAUCUUGUAAAGAAGUAUCUGAUUUAUAUAAUCUAACAUGUUCGUAAGGUAUUAAUCGAAAAGCUUGUCUAAAAUUAAUAAAUAAAGAUUUAAAAAAUUGUUCAUAUCUUGAUUAUUGUUUUGGACCUAACUAAAUUGAUGAGUAAUGUGGGUCUUAAAAUGAAGCUUGCAGACGAGCAAAUUCAAUAGAAACAUGUUUAUUUUAAAGUUAUUGCAAAUGUUAGUGGUAGAACAAUACUUGCUAAAGUUCUUCAAUUAAUGCAACAUCAGUAGAAUGUGAUGACUUAGAGUAUGCAAGUGUAGCUGUUUGUAAUUAAAUCGAAAAUUGUAAUCUUUCAAAAGACCCAAUAGAUGCAAAAAAAUUUAUUUGCAAAACUAUCUAACCCACAACUUGUGAAGAAAUGUAAUCAAGAAAUUAAUGUAGCAGAAUGAUUAGUUUACCUUGCAUUUGGAAUGAAAUGGAACAAUAUUGCAUGUAUCUUGAAAUUUAAGAGGCUCAAUUUGGUCAAAUGAGUUCAAGCUCAAUGAAUUGUGAAGAUAUAACAAUUUAGAAUGGAAGUUAGAGGGCUUGCAUGAAUAUUGUAAAAUAAGGGUAAAUGUGUAUAUUUUAAGAUAAUUAAUGUAAUGCAUUUGUGUAAGACUAAACCUAGAAUAAUUGUUUAAAUAAUAUUAAUGUUAACUCAUGUUUAUAGUAAAAAGUAAGUGAUUGUUAUUGGGAAGUAAAAUUAUUUAAAGUUAAGAAGACUCUGGAGGGAACUGAGUCAGAAUAAAACUAUGGAAGCUGUGUAAAAUUUGAUAAAUUUGAUAAUUAUGAUAAAUAAGUAUUAAAUGAUUGCGAUUCAAAACUUAGCUAUACAUCUUGUUUAAAAAUUAUAAGGGAAGGAGUAUUCUGUAGAUGGUAAAAUAAUUAGUGUUAACUUAUUGAUGAUAAUGAAGUAAUUAUUUUUUAGCCUUCAUCUCUGAAAGAAGUUAAUCACAAUGCAUGUGGUUUAGUUAAUAAUGGAGAUAUUGUAAAAUAUGAUUAAAAUAUGAAUUUCUGCAUUCAAAUUCAGGAUCAUUCAUCUGUAACAUGUGUUACGGAAGGAUUAAAUAAAGAUGCUUGUCUAAAUAUUAAAUUUUAAAAUUGUUAUUGGGAUAUUACAAGAAGAAAAUGUAGACUUGGAAAACCUGCUCUUGAUAAUAAGUAAAAUUCUUGUCAAUUUAAAAAUUUAUCUUCUUAUUUAUGUUCAUAAUUGAAAUUAGAUUAACCAUGUGGAUUUAUAAAAGAUGGAUGUGAUUUCGUUGACUUAGAUUAAAUAACAUGUAAUCAUGAGGGAUUGAAUCAAUAUGCAUGCCUUCAUGUUAAAAAUUAUCCUUGCAUUUGGACCAAAUAAAAUGAUGAAAAAUAUCAAUGUGAGGAUUAUUCUUAUUAUCUUCCUUGUGAUUAAAUACCAUCAAAUGUCAAUUCAAAAGUAUGCUCUAUUAUAAGAGAAGGGGCCUGUUAUUAUAAUGAAUAGAAUUUCAAAUGUGAAAUUCCAAAUAAGAAUUAAACAAGUUGUGAAUUGAAUGGAUUAAAUAUUAUUGGAUGUGUUUAAAUUGAAAAUUGUUAUUAUGAUUAAAAAUGUUAGCAUUUAAAUAAAAACAAUUAUUUAUGUGAAGAAUUUCCUAUAGCUAAUCAAUUCAUUUGCAAAAAUGCUAUUGAUUCUUGUAAGUAUUAUGAAUUUUAAUAUGGAUGUUAAGUUGCUUAAAAUGAAGGUUGUUCUGAUGAAUCACUAAGUGAUUAAGGGUGUUUAAAUUAACCAAAUUGUGUACUUUAGGCAGAUGGAUGUAAAUGCAGAAAGUUUAUUGAAACUUAUGAUUGCACUUAAAUUACAGAUAUUGACAAAUGUAAAUUAUAAAAUCAUUGCAUUGUUCAAUAUUAACAAAUAUCAUAAAUUUAACUAUGCACACUAAAAAAGUGUUAGGAUUAUUUUUCUGAUUAAUGUGAUGGUAAAUCUAUAUUAAAGUCAAUUUGUUAUUGGAGUCAUUCUAAUCAAUGUUUACCAGCCUAAAAUUGUGAAGAUAUUCUCUAACCUUUCUAUGAAUGUUCUAAAUAUAAAUUUAAUAAUAAACCUUGUUAAGAGAAUAAGAAUUUUGGAAAGUGUGAAGAAUUUAAUUGUUAAAAUUUUGGAUAAGAACAAUGUUUAGAAUAUCAACAAUUCUGUACCUUUAAUAAGACAUGCUAAAUUAAAUAAUGCUCUGAUUAUUUAAUGGAAAAUUGUAUUAUAAAUGGGUGUGAAUGGAAUAAAAAGUUAAGUGUUUGUUAUGAAUAAAUUGAUUGUUCUAACUUUGUUGAAAGGGUUCAAUGUAAUGGUUAAUACUACAACUCCAAGCCAUGUCAUUGGGUAAUUAAUAAUAGCCUAUAAAUUUGUACUUAAUAUAAAUGCAGUAGUUUACAAUAAUCGCAAUCAUGUUCUGGAACUCGUAUUGGAUCUGAAUAUUGUGUUGAAAUAAGCGAUUCACUUUGUUUAUCAUGUGAAGAGAUUUCUGAUUCUUGUGAUUGUCUACAAUAGUCUAAAUAUUGUAGUUAUGAUAUCGUGAAAGAUAAAUGCAUUUCUAAGAGCUGUGAAUCUUAUUUAACUUAAGAAGAAUGUCCUUCAAAUUUUUGCACAUUUGUAAAAUAGUAAUGCUAAACAUCUUGCGAAUUUUUAUAAAUGGAGGAUUAAUGUCAAUAGAUAAAAUAAUGUGAAUGGGUAGAAAAAUAUAACUAAUGCUAAAAAUAAUGUUCAUACAUAUAAGAAGAACAAAAAUGUUUAUUAGUAUAUCUAUGCUCUUGGGAUUAAGAUGAAUAAAAGUGCUAAAAAAAAAAACAAGAUGAUCUAAUUAUUAGAGAAAUUUAGAGUUUGGGAGAAAUAAUUACCAGUCUAAUAAUUUUAAACCUAAUAUUUGUAUGA